UAUCUCUCGUGUAUUCAAUGGUACUUGGAUAUUCAGCAGCAAACCAAGUCCCAAAAUCAGAGGAAUUGUUCAGUUGCUUAAAAAGGGGAUAACAGUAGAUGCAAGCAAUAUUAGGAUGUAUUCAGCUAAUAUUUUGCGAUUCUCCAAGUAUGAAAUUGUUUGUGUAGUUGUAUUUGAUAGAAAUAAUUAUCAAAAUCAACCAUAA